AUGAGCGAUUUUUUUAAUAAACAAAUUAUUAGUAAAAUAUGUUUUAUCAAAGAUAGUAAUAUGAAUGAUCAAAAUAAUAUUAGCAUCAAUCAAAUAACAAAAGUUACAAAUUUUAUGAAAAAAAAAAACACAAGUAUGUCAUUAUGCGAAUAUGAAAAUAUGAUAAGUUGCAAAUUAUAUCAUAAUAAUUCUGAAGAAAAUUAUAUUCAGAAAAACAAAGUCGAAAGUUCAAACAAUGAUAAUGGUGAUGGGGAAAAGAAAACCAAACAUUUAUACACAUCUAAAAAUACCCAAAAUAAUUAUAAUAUUAAAAAUAUUUCAAUCUUUAGUAACUAUUCAAAAGGAUAUGGCAGUGACAGCAAAAUAUACACAUGUAAAAAAAGUACCGGAUUUGGUAAAAAAAAAAAAAAAAAAUAUAUAAUGCAAAAUAACGUGCAAAAUAACGUACAAAAUAACAUGCAAAAUGAAAACAUACUUGAUAAGACAAUCACUACUAAUUCUAUACUAUCAGAAUAUGAAAAUUGUCAAAAUAAUUUUGUCAAAAAAAGUAAUAAUGAAAACGUUAGCUAUGAUAGUAGUGAUACUCACGAUUUUAAUCAAAACUCAAAAAAUAAAUUAGACAAUGUUAUGUAUAAAAAAAAAAUGAAACAAGUUAAUAAAAUAUUAUACAAUUUAAAUUAUUUUACUCAAUUUAAAAGUUUAAAUUUAAAAAGCUCAAUGAAAAAAAAACCACACACUAAAAUAUAUAUCAAAAAAAAUACUGCUAAAGGACAAGAUAUUCAUAAUAAUAACAAGGAUUCUUCUAAUUUUGUAACCUUAAAUGAAUUUUCAAAAUUUAAAAUCACAAAUGAUAUUUUAGAAAAUAAUAAUAAUAAAUCUAUAGUCGAACAAGUAAAAGACAACAAAAUCCCAAAUGAUAAUUUUACAGAUAUUAAAAAUAACACCGAACAUACAAAUAUAUCAAAAAAUGCUUAUGCUCAUAAUGAAUAUGAUCUUAAUGGCCAUCAAAAUAACAAACAAAAUCAGUAUAGUAAUAAUAAUAAUAAUAACACAUGUGAAGAUUCUACUUUUUGGGAAAAAUGGAAUGACAAUUAUUAUAAAUCUGAAACUGCCAAUUCCACAAAUAUUCCAAAAAAAAAAAUACAUAAUGAUAAAUAUUUUAAGUCCCUUCUUCAUAUUGGAUUAAAAGAUCUUUUAAAUAAAAAGAGACAAAAAAAAAAAAAAGCGAAUAAUAACUAUGAAAAUAUACAAAAUAUCAUUGAUAAUGAAAAUGAACCAACACAAAAUACUGAAGAAAUAAAUUUAACUAUUCAAAAAAAUAUUUCUAAUGUCCAUAAUCAUAAUGAUAUAAUUAAUAAUCACAAAAAGCAUGACACAAAUAAUGAUAAUACCUUAAUUUAUAAUAGUACCGAAAAUGCUACAUGCCAAAAUAAAAUUAUUAAUUGUUCAGAAAAAAAUCAUAAUGUUAAUAAAAUUAUGGCCAAAUGUUUCCUUUCAAAUCAUAAUAUUUCUCCAAGUAACAAUUUUAUUUCUCCACCCCAUAAAAAUUAUAAAUAUCAUCUGAUAAAUAGUAUUAAAAAUGCAUUGGAUACAAAUCAAAAAAAACAAAUGGAUUCUACAAAUAUGAAUGAAAAUAGUUUUAAUUCAUUACAUUUGCCUACCUCUAAUAAUUCAUACACACAAAAUGUCAAAAAUCAAUUCCCACAAACAGAAAAAUUAUACAAUUCCAAUGAUCAGCAUAAUGACAUUAAUAGUAAUUCCACAGAAAAUGAAAAUUUUCUAGCCAAUAAUAAGGAGGAUUUAUUUUUUUCUGAACAAAAAGAAAAUAUACCCCAUAAUUUAAUUCACCCUAUAAAUUCGUCAAAUAUUCAACAAAAUGAUGAAGCAAAUAAUAACAUUGUGAAAAGAAAGAAACGACGACGAAGGAGGAAACAAAAAAAGAGGAAAGAAAAAAAAAAUAAAUUUGAAGAAAUAUUAGAACAAAAGAAAGAAAAUAAUAGCCAUGAAAUGAACAAAAUAGCUAGUUUGGCAAUAAAUUUACCUGGGCAUGGUAAGGUAAAAAAAAAAAACAUCCAACUUACCAAUUUUGAAAAGGUAAAUAAUGAACAUUUUUCAAAAAAAAACAAACAAUCUCAAAAAAAUGAAUACACAAUCAUGUGUAAGGAUGAAUUUAUAAAUUUGAAAACAAAUAAAUUCGGCACAUAUAGUAAUUCUAAUAAUGAAAGUACAAUUAUAGAAUUAUUCCAAGUUCAAAAAAACGAAGCAAGCAAAUGUACCGAUAAAAAUAAUCGAUCUAACAGUAACCCAAAUAGCCAAAAAAAAAAAAAAAAAAAUAUUCAAAGUAACAAAAAAAAAAACACCCAAAAUAAUACAGCACCUAUUACUAGUAUAAACAUUCAGAGAAAUACAGAUCGUAAAGAUGGAAAUUUCCAUGAAGGAUAUCCUCAACACAUAAAUAACUACGAAAAUAAUUUUAUUAUUCCAAAUCCAAACUUUUCACCAGAUUAUUUAUACAAUAAUUAUUUAAAUAACAUAUUUUGUGUGCAAAAUUAUAAUAGAAAAUAUUUGAGCGACCAAAAUGAAGUAGCUAUGGAAAAACAAAAAAUCAAUCUACCAUAUUACAAUCAUAAUUUAGGGUCCAAUUAUUAUAUUAACAAUAUUAUUCCUAUGCCAAUUAGUAGCAUUGCACAAACUCAUGCCCUAAGAAAUUAUCAAAAUUAUGAUUCAAGUUUUAAUAAUAUUAUAAAUACAAAUAAUUUAUAUUACCUUGAUAGAUGGGGAAAUCAAAUUUCUCUCAAUUCACAAAAUGCCCUAUUAUAUAACUAUUCAAAAAAAUUUUAUAAUAACACAAACCAAAUUUUGAAAAACCAAAUUCUUAAUUCCACUGAUUUUACCAAUUAUAGUCUAUAUGAUAGACAAAGUUCCGAUAAAUAUUAUUUGACUCCAUUUAAUUCAAGGGAAAAUUACAAAAUUCAAGAAAAUUUUUAUUGUGAUUUUAAUCCGAUCAUAAAUGAUUCAUUUCGACAUAUAAACGAUAUUAACAAUGUUGAUUCAAAUUCAAAUUUGAAUAAACAUUUUAACAAUAUAUAUAACUAUGGUCAUCAAAAUGCUGCUACUAAAAGUGAAAAAAAAAAAAAAAAAUUAUCAAAAAAAUAUAAAAAAAAAAAAUUUCAAGAAUUACCAUUUCACUUCACAAAUUUUAUAAAUAGCGAAAUAAAGAAUAAAUCAGGAAAUAAAAAUCAAUGUUCUUACAUUUGUGAUCCAAAUAAUAAAAACUAUGAUGAUAUUUCUAACACAAAUCAAAAUCAAUCCAAAUGUUCAUGUAUAUCGAACUAUAAUACCUCACCUCUUUCAAAACAAUAUAAUGAUAUGCUUAUUACACAUAAAGAAUCAAACGACUCUUUUUUGAAUUUUGAAAAUAUGAAAAAUUGUGACAAUAAUAACCCCCUGACACAAUGGACUUCUCCAUUUCCGUAUACAAAUAAUGUAUUAUAUCCUAAUAACUUUAUUUAUAACAACAACAUUGUCAAUAAUAGAUAUAACUAUAAUAUAUCUCCACAUCUAGCUACUUUGCAUCAACACAUGAAUUUUUUUCAAAACAAAAAUAUAAAUUUACAUCAUUCCUUUUGCAAUAAACACAUAAAACAUAACGAAGAUUCUGAUUUAGAAAAAAAUAAAAAUAAUUCAAAAGUAGAAACACAAAAUGUCGAUUCUUACGAAAUAAUAAAAAAAGACCACUCAAAAAUAAAUGAAAAAAAUAAACCCUUAGAUAAUAACACACCAAAAGAUAUUUUCAACUAUAUAGAAAAACAAUUUAGAGUUUCAAAUUUAUCAAACAAAUUAAGAUCUUAUUCCAAUCAUAUUUUAAAUAAAAAUAUAAAAAAAAUGCAUGAUAUUUGUAUUGAUAAAAUUCGGUCAAUAAGUUUAAUAUAUGAAAAAAAAAGUAAUAAAAUAAAAAAUAUUCCUAGAUCUAUUUCCAUAAUUCCAGUUAAUAAUAAAAAAAAUUCUUUUAUAAAUAAAAUCAAUAACAAUAAUAACUUAUCAAACAAUUGUAUAAUAAAUAAAAUAAAUCCAUAUAUAUCACCAUUCAAUGUAUCUAUGGAAAAUCACGAUAAAUUGUUUAUAUUUAAUUUAUUGCGAACAACCGAAAACAAUUUAGUAAAUAUAUUAAAUUUUGUUAAGCCUACUAAAGAUAUUAUAUUAACAAAAAAAUUAUUUUUUUUAUCAUUAUUAAAAUUAGUAAAACAAUUAUUUCAUUAUAAUAUUCAUAUAUAUAUAGUCGGAUCGAGUGCAUAUGGCAUUGAUUCAAAAUCAAGUGACCUAGAUAUUGUUAUUCAAACAAAUAAUUAUUCUAAUAAAUUUAUUCUUCACACAUUAUACAAUUCUAUAAAUAAAAUAAAACAGGGAAAAUAUAAUACAAACAAAAAUAACAUUUCAUCUGAAUAUCUUUACAAUAAUAACAACGCUGAAGAAAAUAUUUAUAUUUUUUUUAAAGAUGUUGAAAUGCAACUUAUUGAUUCAGCCAGAGUUCCUAUUCUUACUAUUAAAAAAAAUAAUGUUGCAUGUGACUUAUCAGUUAAUACAAAUAAUUCUAUAAAGCAUACUGAAUUUUUUUUAAAUAUAUUAAAAUAUUAUCCGAAUUUAAAAAAUGUUAUGAAACUUUUAAAACUUUUAUUAAAAAACAGAACUAUUCCAUCUAUGAAACAAGGUGGAUUACCAACUAUUUUAUGGAUGAUGCUUUCUAUACGUUAUUGUAAAUUUCCAGAAAAUAAAAUUUCAAGCCAUACAAAUAAACAUCCGUUUUAUUAUUCUGAACAUACUAUUUCUGAACAAAAUUAUGAUAUAAACAAAUCGAACCAUUGUGAAAAUAACUCUUAUCAAUAUUUUGAUCAAACAAUUGAUCCUAUAUCCUUUAACGAUAAUUUUUCUGAUUUAUUAUUAUAUUCUCAAAAAUAUUUAAAAAAUAAAAAAUUGAAUCAAGAAGAAAAAAAAACAUGUAUUUUUCCCCCAAAUGAAUGUAGCAAUUCUAUAACCAAUCAAAUUCCCACUAUACACUCACACAUUUCAAAUAAAAUAAAUACAGAAGGCAAUGUUCAAACUUAUACACAAAUUAACAAACAAAUAAUACACACAAAUUCUAACACAGAUACUAAAGACACUCCAUCUAUUCGAGAUUCAAGUUUAUCCAAUUUAAAAAAAAAAAAAAAAAAAAAAAAUGAUAAAAUUAGCUACAAUACCCUUAGCGAAAAGUUUUUGAGCUUAUCAUAUAAUUAUGUUCAUAAAUUUUUUUCAAAAAAUUCCAACAAUUCUCGAAAUAAUAAUAAGCAUGAAAAUGCAAAGGUACGUAAUAAUAUAAAAUUUAAAAAUGAUGGAAAAAAUCGGAAUAAUAAAAUAAACUCUCUAAAAAUUUUACACAAAAAUAGUAAAAAAAUUGCAAAAUAUCAAAAUAUUAUAAAUAGUAAAAAAAAAAAAAAAAAAAAAUUACCUUUAACCAAUUAUUUAAAUGGUUUUCAACAUAAUAUAGAAGAAAUACAUGAAGAAUAUUUUUUAUAUGCAUCCCCUCUUUUAUAUUCAUUAUUUAUUUUUUAUAAUGCUUUAAAUUCAAGAACAAAAUUAAUGAAAAUUAUUAAUAUAAUUGAUGAAGAUAGAUGCUAUAAAAAAAAUAUUUAUGAAACAAAUAAAAAACUUUUAUCACCUGCAUGUCAUGGAGGUGUAUGGGAUGAUUUACUUACUCUUUAUGAUCCUAUAUAUAGUUUUAAUUACGAUAUUUUUUUUAAUAAAUCAGCCAAUUUAUGUCCCGAUUUAAUGCACUCAAAUCCUAACGGACCAAGUUAUAGGCUACGCGCUAGAAGCACUGUCGGGGCUCAAACCGGAAAUACAAAUCAAAGAAAAAACGAAACCGAUUUUGAAUUAAAAGAUUCUCAUAGACUCAAUAUCUCAUUAUCUAAAAAUGUUAUUUAUCAAACAAAAGAAAAUAAAAAUAAUGAUCAAAUUCGAUCACUUCAAAGAAAUCUAUCAAAAUUUUCAAAUCAAUAUUUAGGUCGAAGUUCAAGUCAAACUUUGAGAAAAUCAGGAAAUGAUCGCCCUGAACUUUAUCAUAAUUUGAAUGAACAAAUAAAAAAUAAAAAAAAUGAUAUUAAACAAAAUAUAAUUUUUCAAUCAAAUUUAAAUAAUGAAAAUAUUAGAAAUGCUCAAUUUGAAAAAAAUAAAUUAUUAAAUAAUUGGGAUAAUUUACACUAUUACAAUUCUUUGGAUAAAAACAAUGAAUCCGAAAUAAGCACAAUAAAUGAGGAUUUGGAAAAUAAUUCGAUCAAUAAAACAAAUUUAAAUAAUUAUGAUACAUAUUUUAUUGAAAAUUAUAAUAAUCAAUAUGAUUUAAAAUGUGAAAAUUCUUCAUAUAUACAAAAACAAUACAAUGAAAAGCUAUGUACACCUUUAAAAGAAUGUAGUGACCAAAUUGGAAACAGUAAUCAAAAUAAACCUGAACAAGCAAGAAACAUGCCGGAAAUGAUAAAUAAUGUUCAUACAAAUAAUUGCCAAAAUGAAUGCAAUUUAGAUGAACUUAUAUGGUCUCAAAAUUAUAACAGUAAAUAUAACCGAAGUUCUCAAAUUUGGAGUAACUACAAAAAUAAUGCUUUUGAAAAAUUGUAUGAGCAUAAUAUUGAUUUAUCAAGCAAGGUAAGCAGUGCAACUUGGUUAAUUUAUUUAUACGAAUUAAAACGGGCCAGUUUUUUUAUUAACUAUUAUAUUCACCACAUGCACAUGCUCAUGUCAUUUAAAAAGCUACUCAAGGAUUUUGAACAAAAUUGUGACAAAAACCUCCAAAAAAAAUAUGACCAAAAUUUCGGGUUGUUCCAAAACAACAAAUGGGUUGUUCUAAAGAGGGAAGACAUUUGGAAGGAAGAUGGAGAAACAGCCAAAUUAGUAUCCCCCCAAAAAAAAUAUAACUUCGAAAAUCAUAUAAUACUAAACAAUGGAAAUGAUAAUGAUAAUAAUUAUGACUAUGGACAUGCAAAAUUAAAAGAAAUUCCUAAAUAUUCUGAACAAGACAGAAAAAAUAUAUCAAAUGAAAUAAUAUGUUCUCAAGAUUUUGAUGAAAAUAUAUCUAAACAAAAGCAUAUAAAGAAGCUAAAAAGGCAAAAAAAAAGUGUAGAACUUAUAAAAAAUAUGAAACAAAUUUUAAAAUCAAUAAUUCAAAAUUUAAAUUAUUCUAUAAUUAGUUUAUUCGAAAAAACAAAAGGUGAUAUAUACACACUACCAUUCCAUUUAAAUUCAGAAAAAAAUACGAAAAAUAAUGAAAAUGAAAAAUAUGCAGAACUAAAUAUUUACCCUAGUACAAACCCACCAGAGAAUGAACCAGCUCUCGACAACGAUUUAUCCAACUAUUCCACUAAAAAUUAUAAAAAAAUACAUGAUAAUAAUAUUCUUAACAAUAAUAAUUAUGAUACUGUGAUUAAUGCAUUUGGGUUGGUAUUAAUUGAAGGCAAACUUAUUUUUGUUAAAUUUUUAAAUGUAUGUAUUGAUAAACAAAAUUUUUGGAAUGAACUAUUUUUAUGUAGGAGAGAUAUCAAAACGGUUAUGCAUGUAAAACCAAUGGACGUUAUUUUUGUUUCAAAUAAAAAAAAAAAAUAUUUAGAUGCUUCUAAAGCACGCUCUACAAAAAUCACAGAAUUUAACUCCAAACAUAGAAUAAUCGAGGAAAUGAAUCAAAACAAUAACAAACCAAUAUAUUUUUCCCAAAAAAAUAAUAAAUCAGAUCGAAAAAUUGAAAACAAUUUAAACCCAAACGUUCCUUCUACAAAUUUAUUCGAAACAGAUAAACCAAUCACAAAUGAAAAUAUUUAUCAUCAAGUAGUAUCUGAAAAAACACCUAGUGAACCUAUCUAUGAUGAAUCCAAUGCAAAAAAAAACAAAAAAAAUCGAACCACUUCCUCAUCAGUAAAUCAUGAUAAAAUAUAUUAUGAAAACAAUGUGCUUGGGGAAGAUAAGUCAAUAUCUUCAAAAUAUGAAACAUAUAAUUAUAAUAAUACACAACAUCCACCUGAUGCAUAUUCUAAACACACAUUGAAAACAUAUAAACAAUCUAAAAAUGACAAAAAUGGAAAAGAAAAUGAAGAAACGGAUAAUGAGGCUGGAGAAAGCGCAGGUACUGAGCAAAUUAUAAAAGAUAAAAUUAAAAACUGGGAUUUUAAAAAACAAAAACGAAUACAUAAAUCUAGCAAUUUUAUUUAUAACGCUAAAAAUAAUUAUAUCGGUAUUUUAAUAAAUCAACAUAAAUAUAGAAAUGAUAUUUUCGCCAAAUAUACAAACACCGAAACAGGAUCAGACAAGGGAAACAUAAUAAUUCAAAAAAAAUGUCAAACAUGCAAAAAUGACGAUAGUUAUAAAUGUACCAAUAUGUGUCAAGACAGUACUAAAGACAACGUUCUUCUUGUAAACCCAUGCAAUUUUGUUACGCGGAUAAAUGUGAAAACUAUUUAUGUUUCUAGUAAACAUAUUAUUAAUAAAGAUUUAAAAAAUGCCAUAUUUGAAAAAACAAAUUUUAAAGAAAAUAAUAUUAAUGAAAACCUUAAAAAAAAACAAAAAAAAAUUAAUUCGAACAAUAUUCAACAUAAUGAGCAAACGAAUGAUGAUAUAUACUCCAUACAAAUUAUUCCAAGAUGUGAAAUAAUGAGAUAUAAAGAAUUAAUAAAAAUUAUGAAGAAUAGCCCAUAUUAUUAUAAAGUUGCAAAAAACAUUUCAAAUACUACUAAAACUCCUCUUCAGCAACCUGUACCUAUUUGUAAUUUCUGUUCAACAAAAGGGACAUUUAAUAUAAACACAAAUCAUUUUAUGUUUUCUAAUAUAUAUGAAGAUGCUAGAACAGAAUUAGCCACAAUUAUAAGUGGCAUCAUUACGAAACAAAAAAAUAAAAAUAAAAAAAUAAAAAUAAAAAAUCUUAGUAUGAAUAAUAACAAAACUGAAACCCUAAAUUCUUAA